UGGGGAUGUCACCAUAGCAACGACAAACAGCUGAGUGCGCUGCUGGGGGACAAAGAUUGAUAGCCUUUAAAUAGGAUGCAGUGACAAGUUACACGAGUCUAUUUCGACGCCAACAGAACUUUUGUCAACCAUGGAUUCAGACCGCCAUAAAAACAAAACCCCAUCCGAUUUGAAAAAGAUGUGCCCGCAACAGAGAGCGCGAUGUCAGGCCUACAUGGAACCAACGAAAGAGGCUCAGAACUCAGUGGCUCUAGCAAAACAGAGAGUCUCCGCUGCAAUUACCAAAGACAAAAACCUAAGCGUUGGCAACAAGACAACUGCUGAUGAGAAGAUGCGCCAGGACUCCCUCAUUGGUCAGCUGAAGGCUGCUGAAGCUCGCAACCGAACUCGCCAAAUGCGGCUGCACUACCACAACUACAGGGCCCAGGAAAUUAACUUAAUGAUUUCAAACCAGGCAACUGCCCAGAGAGCUUUGCGGGUGGAGUUGCUACUGCCAGCCAGUGAGAGCAAAACGAGGACGGAUGACAGCUUGAGUAAACUGCAGAGGCGACGUGUGGAGGAGAUCUUGGAUGAUGAGAGGGGACUGACCUUAAACCGCACUUAAAAAGCCAGCCGAGUCUACUUUGUUGCUACGCUAGCUGUCUUGUUUCCCUCUUUUGAGUUGUCUCCACGGGGUACUACUGUCAAGACUGGAGACUUGAAAUGGAAACUCUUCUGUCCCUGUAUGAUGUAAGAGUACUGUUCAUUUUUUAGCUUUUGACUGAAUGAAACUACAGUAAACCACAUUUUAUUUUAAAACACAUUCUGGGAUAAGAAGAUGAGUAACUGUGGCUAGAGGAAAGUCAUUGAGAAUAUGGGCAUCCUUGGCAGGAUGGAUAUUCAGGCUUUCAAGUGAAUAAAUGGUCUUACAUGGUUCUGGGAA